AUGCGCCCAGUAGCGGCGUCGGCGGCGGCGGCGCGCGCAACAUCCUCGCUCCACUCCGUCCUCCUCACGGCCAAUCUUUGCGGCGUCGCGCUGCUCCUCCUCCUCCACCUGCGAUCCGACGGCGGAGAUCAGCGCGUGGCCGCGUCCAACGGUCAGCAGCAGGCGCUCGGCGCGCUGGAUGCUCCGCAAGUGAUGGCGGGGGAAGGGAACCGAGAGCUUUUGUUGGAAGCGGCGGAAGGAGCGGGGCAAGCCUGCGCGACAUCUGCGCCGAUAAACGCGGGGAAUAAAGAGCUGCUGCAGUGGUCGGAGCAGCAGUACCGUAUCAACGUUGGGCGACGGAACGCUGCGGUUGGCAAGGAUCCGGUAAAGUUCGUUAUGGACUGGUUCAAGAUGACUGAAGGACGGCCCUACAAAGCCCGAGCCGCAUUCAUGUUCGAGGUAUUUGCCCCGGCGUACCCCUGUCUCAUGGAGGAGCGCCUUGGCACGUGGCUGGACGGUGGCAAGUGGGUGUGCCGCCCCUCUCUCCUCAACGCCUCCUCGGUUGUCUACAGCAUAGGGUCAGACGGCAAGGACUCAUUCGAGGAGGAGAUUUUCAGCCGCUUCAAGUCACAAAUCCAUGUCUUUGACCACACGCUCACGCCGCGCAAAAAGGCCAAGGUGGAGCGCAAAAAGGCAUACAAGUUCCACCCCGUCGGCCUCGCUGUCUCAUCCAACGAGUCUGCUUCUCUCAGCAGCUUCAAGGACCUUACAACGAUGCUAGGUCACUCUUUCGUGGACAUAUUCAAGGUGGAUUGCGAGAGCUGUGAAUACGACGUCAUUCCGUCCAUCCUUGAUGGUUACACCACGCCACCCUUUGGACAG